AUGUUCCCAAAAUUUAUCUGCUCAUGUUUGAAGGCUCGCACCGUUUCAACCGUCUCCCGACCGAUGCUACAGUCGUCACAGGACAUCUCCGACAAUGACUACGAAGAUGAUGUACCAACACAAUUAGUGAACGAUGAACCCACACUUAGCAAAGAGGAACAAGAACGGAUACGGGCGGAACGUGAGGAGGAAGAGCACAAGAAGAACCUGCAAAUGUACGUAUUUGUGGCGCGAUGUGUAGCCUACCACUUCAAUGCUAAACAACCCACGGACAUGGCUCGACGUCAAGUAAAAGUCACCAAGCAAGACUUGGCCCGCAUCAAAGAGAGGUUUCAAGCCUUUCUCAAGGGCGAGACGAACAUCCCCACGGACGAGGCGUUCGCGAAAGCAAUGCAUAGCUACGCCGAGAUCUUUCUCAAGUCGGAACGGGUUCAAAAAGUGGUUGCUGCUGGUGGAUUCUCCAUGCAUGACUUCCGAGAGGUUUUCCGAUGUAACGUCGAAAAGCGAAUUCGUUCUCUGCCGGACAUUGAAGGUCUUUCCAAGGAUACGGUGUUGAAUUCUUGGUUGGCCAAGUUCGACACCAUCACCAAAGGAGAUGAAGAAACGCAAGGACGUACUGCAAGGGGACGGGCUCGAAAUGCUCCUGCCCAGCCGAAUGCUGACGUUAUCCUCGGCAAGGAACAACUUUACGAUAUGUUUCAACAAGUGCUCGGUGUGAAAAAAUUUGAACAUCAAAUCAUUUUCAACGCCUUACAGCUCGACAACCCUGAUGAACAAGCGGCGGCGAUACGACGUGAGGUCGCGACGAGAGAAGAUGCCUGUCGAGAGAUUCACAAGGUAUGA